AUGGCGACUGCUCCUCUCCCGCUGCGUUCCAGGCCUCCUCCGGAUCCACCACCGUGUAAGUUUCCCCCGCUGGGAUCUUUCUCUCCCAUCGAGCCGCCGGAACCACCAGACCCUCCAGAUGCACCUGCUCUUCUUCGUUUACUCAUCAACUUAUCCAGUCUAUCUCCUCGAGCGUUGGCCCAAACCCUAGAUCUGGAUUUUCCAGUUUCGACAUCUGAGACCAAAAGUGCUCCUCUCCAUCACAGUGAUAUUGUAACUUGUCUCUGUACCAUUAUUGCCAAGUACCUGGUUGCCGCUAGACUUCCCUCGCCAGAGACACCAUUGCUAGCUUAUAUUUCUCUAUGCGGUAACUUCUUCCCAACUAUUGAUUCCUUUAUGAUAGUUGAAUCCACCCUUUACUCUGCUAUAGAGUGUUUGCUGCCUGCUACCUCCUACUCUGCUAUAGAGUGUUUGUUUCCUGUUACUUCCUUCUACUCUGCUAUAGAGUGUUUGUUGCCUAUUACAUCUUGGUUUCAGAUCUGUCUAACUUUUUCUGGAGUGGAAUACUUAAUGUUGAAUUGCAGAUUUUCAGCUUGGUUGUGGUUUCAGAUCUUCAUUAUCAUCACUCUUAUGAAACCAACUUCAACUUCCCUAUUACCAUUGUUUUUGUAUCGUUGCUGCUCAUGUGUUGCACGGUCAGCCUUUGGAUUGGAAGAUUGCUCUACAGAUGAUUUGUUCUCUGUAUUGUUCAAAGGCUCAGCAUCUUGGUGUCAUAUCGCCUCUGCUAUUGUAGCCAGUAUUACGAUUGUUAUUUCUGCACUAGUUGCAGUACCAAUCACAAGCACUAGUUCACUGAUUGUGUUCUUUGUUUUCCAUGGCGUCAUUCCACUGCUUAAGCCUAGUAUUGUCGAGAUACGAAGACGUUUCGGCAAUGUUAGUUGUUUAUGUAUAAUGAUUGCUUCUAUCUUUGUGUUUUUGCUUGCCUUUUCUUGCAGCAAAGUUGUUAGCCAGUAUGGCUUUGUUAUCAUCUUUGUAAACAAUUCCUCCUCUAAUGGAGACUAG